CUUGAUCAUAAGGGACUCAAAGAAGAUAUCUCUUAGUUUGCAAUAGAAUAUCGGCUUUGAAGAAAACAUGUAUUUAUUUCUGAGCUUCCUAUUUUCUUGGAUAUUCUUUUGCAGUGGUGAUUCUAUUCAAAGGGAAGGCCCUUGUGAUGAAAAGUUUUGCAGUGACCAUGGAGUAUGCAGAUUGAACGAACGAGAAAACUCCGCCGUUUGCAUUUGUGAUCUUGGGUAUACUGGAACGAAAUGUGAAAUUAAUGUUUGUGAUCAGACGGAGUGCCAUUCGCAUGGAGUGUGUAGAUGGAAUGAAAGAAUAAAACAAGUGGAAUGUGUGUGUGAUUUCGGCUACAGUGGAUCGUUCUGCGAAAUCGAUCCUUGCACUGAUACGGAUUGCGGUGCCCAUGGAAAAUGCGCAUGGAAAGAAAAAACUAAUUCAUCAAUCUGCAUUUGCCAAGAUGGAUGGUCAGGAGAAAAUUGCGAACUGGAUCCUUGUACUCAUCUAGACUGCGGAAAAUAUGGUGAAUGCGCUUGGAAUUCUACGACAGGAUUUGCUAAAUGCACAUGCAAAGACGGAUGGACAGGCACAAAAUGUCAAUUCGAUCCAUGUAAGGCAAGUAACUGUAGCGGGCAUGGUGCGUGUCAAUGGGAUUAUGAUCACAAAGAACCAAUGUGUGUUUGUUUGGAAGGGUGGAAGGGUGUUCACUGCAACAUUCAUCCAUGUCAAAGCAAGAACUGCAGUGGCCAUGGCAGUUGCCACUGGGAUUCCUUCUACAAUGAACCGAUCUGCUCGUGCAUUGAUGGGUGGACCGGGGACCAUUGUGAUGUUCAUCCUUGUUAUGGUAAAAAUUGUAACAGGAAUGGAGUCUGUGUGUGGGAUUCAGUUCGACGCAUUCCUCGAUGUUUGUGUGACGACGGUUGGUCAGGAUCUAAUUGUGAAAGUAGUGGUAUGAUGCAAUCAAAUCAGCCCCUGUGGAUAAUAAUAGCUGUUAUAUUGUUUGCGGCAGUCCUGCUCAUCGCUUCUUUAAUAAUUAUCCUUCGCCGUAAAAAAUAG